AUGGAGAGCCUCGAUGUUGGGUACGCGCUGCUGAGCGACGUGAAUGCCCGCAAUCGCGAGCUCCAGGCGCGCUUGCGAAGCAGUUUGCCGCUGCUCUGGACAACUAAUGCGCUGGUGAUGACGAACGCCGCUGGUCCCAGGAGACGGAAAGCAGCAGCUGAACAGUGGGCAGUAGGAGAAGCGGACCAGAUGCUCAUAGCUAUCGAGGGGCAAUCGAGCUUACGGGUCGGUCGACGAUACAAACGCCGUGUGGAGUGGGAGGUGUCUAGACGUAUAGCACGCAAGAGAGUUGACACCUGCUCAGCCUUCGUCCUAUAA